AAUGAUACUACAUCAGUAUAUAAGGACAAGCGCGAGUCUGUUUUCUCCUCCCAACUCUUGUCUUGCAGCUGCAGUCCUCUCUCAACUCUUCUCUGGCUUGUUUUCUCUCGUCUUUGCAGCAAAAAUGGCCACAGCUGGUAAGGUUAUCAAAUGCAAGGCAGCAGUGGCCUGGGGGCCCAAACAACCCUUGGUGAUUGAGGAGGUAGAGGUGGCCCCGCCCCAGGCCAACGAAGUCCGCAUCAAGAUCGUGGCAACCUCUUUGUGCCGUUCGGACAUGUACUACCUUUCAGAGAGCGAGGAAGACACCUUCCCAGUCAUCCUUGGCCACGAGGCAGCUGGCAUCGUAGAGAGCGUGGGGCCUGGAGUCACUGAAAUCCAGCCAGGAGACAAGGUGAUUCCUGUGUUCCUCUCCCAGUGUAAAGAAUGUCGCUUCUGUAAGAGUCCAAAGACCAACCAGUGUGACAAAACAUGGCCCCUUAUUCGUCUACCUGGGAUGGCAUUGCCAGAUUCCAGGAUUACCUGCAAGGGGAAGAAAGUGCAGCAGUUAGCAGGGACCAGCACUUUCUCUGAGUACACUGUGGUUAGGCAGAUGGCUGUGGCUAAGAUCGACCCCACUGCCCCUCUGGACAAAGUCUGUCUCAUCAGCUGUGGGGUUAGCACUGGAUAUGGAGCAGCAGUCAAUACAGCUAAGGUGGAACCAGGCUCCACAUGUGCUGUGUUUGGCCUGGGAGCUAUAGGUCUGGCUGCAGUCAUGGGCUGCAAGGCUGCAGGAGCCAAGAGGAUUAUCGCGGUUGACAUCAAUCCAGAGAAGUUUGAGAAGGCUAAGGUGUUCGGCGCAACUGAAUUUGUGAACCCCAAUGAUCACAAUAAACCCAUCAGCCAAGUGCUGGUUGAGAUGACAGAUGGAGGAGUAGACUACUCCCUGGAGUGUAUCGGCAAUGUCGAAAUCAUGUGCAGUGCCUUGGAGUCCUGUGUGAAAGGCUGGGGUGUCAGUGUAAUCAUUGGCUGGACUAACUUGCGAGAUAUUUCUACACGACCCAUUCAGCUCAUUGCUGGGCGCAAAUGGACGGGCUCCCUGUUUGGAGGCUUUAAGAGUAGGGAUGGUGUGCCUGAGAUGGUUAAAGCCUACCUGGACAAGAAGUUGAAGCUGGAUGAGUUCAUCACUCACAACAUGACUUUGGACCAGGUCAAUGAUGCCAUUGAACUGAUGAAGCAAGGCAAAUGCAUCCGGACAGUCCUGAGUGUUUCUCCACAGUAAAACCACUGUGUUGCUUUUGAUGACACCAAAGUAAUUCAGUAAUUUACCACUAUAUUACAGAAUUGCAGUGUAUAAUUAAUAUAAUAAUCAAUAUAAAUAAUACAAUGCACAUAGAAAGUAAUUUUUUUCAAAUUAUACACAACAUACACGCCUGAUCUCAGGCAUGUACAGUAUAUUGUGACUGAACAUUCAACAUUAUUGAAUUGAUUACAUGCAGAUUGCCAGUGUGAGAAUCAUCUGUGUUCAAGGGAGCACAAUCUAAACAUGUCUAAGGAUGCAAAAUAAAUGGUAUAAACAGA